GGAAUAGCAGACGUGCUGAGCGCUGGGCGUCCCACUGCCCUACCUCUGUUGGCCAGCCUGCCCCUUCUCCACCAUGGAAGGAACUAUGGCGUCCUGGAUCCCUGAGGCUUUCUUGCCUGGCAUGACCCGGGAGCUGCCCACCGAGUUGAGAGAGAAGAUAACCGGAGCGUACUUCAAAUACAAGGGCAUCAACUUCCCUGUGGGCCUCUACGCCCCAGAGACCAUAAGCUAUGUUGAGAAGGACUUCAAGGUCAGGGAUGACGACAUCUUCAUUGUCACCUACCCCAAGUCAGGCACUACUUGGAUGAUUGAGAUUCUGAGCAUAAUGCUGAAGGAUGGGGAUCCCUCCUGGGCCCGCUCAGUCCCCAAUUGGGAGCGGGCCCCCUGGUGUGAGAGCGUCCUGGGCUCCUUGUCCAUCAUGCAGAUGUCUACCCCUCGCCUCAUCAGUUCCCACCUCCCCAUUCAGCUCUUCCCCCGGGACUUCUUCAACUCCAAAGCCAAGGUCAUCUACAUAAGCCGCAACCCACGAGACGUCCUUGUCUCCCUCUACCACUACUUCAAGAUCGCUGGACACCUCAAGGACCCGGAAAACCCAGACCAAUUCUUGCAGGAUUUUCUCAACGGAGAAAUACAAUUUGGCUCCUGGUUUGAUCACAUAAAGGGAUGGAUGCGAAUGGAGGGGAAGGACAACUUUUUGUUCAUCACCUAUGAAGAACUACAAGAGGACCUCCGGGGCUCUGUACAGCGCAUCUCUGAAUUCCUAGGCCACCCUUUGGAGGAGGCGGCCCUGGACUCAGUGGUGGAGAACUCGGAUUUCCGGGCCAUGAAGGAGAACACUAUGUGUAAUUACACCUUGUUGCCCUCUGUGCUCCUGGAUCAUCGCCAGGGGGCCUUCCUGCGGAAAGGAGUAUGUGGUGAUUGGAAGAACCAUUUCACUGCGACGCAGAGCGAGGUCUUCGACCGGACAUACCGAGAGAAGAUGCAGGGACUGAAGACCACCUUCCCUUGGGAUGAAGACCCUGGGGACAGCAGCCCCGCCCUCACCCCCGGGGCCUGGGAUGUGUAACCCUU